UCCAGCCGCCGCCUGCCUCUCGGCCUUCGCAGCCCAGCAGCCGCCAGCACCAUGGCUAGCACCGUGUCCGCAUACAAGGAGAAGAUGAAGGAGCUCUCUGUGCUGUCUCUCAUCUGCUCCUGCUUCUACUCACAGCCUCAUCCCAACACCAUCUAUCAGUAUGGGGACAUGGAGGUGAAACAAUUGGACAAGCGAGCCUCUGGUCAGAGCUUUGAGGUCAUCCUCAAGUCCCCUUCUGACCUAUCCCCAGAGAGCCCUGUGCUGUCUUCUCCUCCCAAGAGGAAGGACACCUCCUUGGAGGAGCUGCGGAAGCGGCUGGAGGCAGCUGAGGAGCGGAGGAAGACACAGGAGGCUCAGGUGCUGAAGCAGCUGGCGGAGCGGCGGGAGCACGAGCGCGAGGUGCUGCACAAGGCGCUGGAGGAGAACAACAACUUCAGCCGCCAGGCGGAGGAGAAGCUCAACCACAAGAUGGAGCUCAGCAGAGAGAUCCGCGAGGCGCACCUGGCGGCGCUGCGUGAGCGCCUGCGCGAAAAGGAGCUGCACGCGGCGGAGGUGCGCAGGAACAAGGAGCAGCGGGAGGAGAUGUCCGGCUAAGGGACAGUGGACACUGCAGCCACAAGAACACAGUCGGGUUUUGUUUUCUGUUCAACUCUGUCUAGAUGCAAGCUUUUGUUUCUGCUGUGCCCCACCCCGCACCCCCAGCUUCAUGCUUCUCUUUCCGCACUCCGGGCGUCCAGUCCUUGUGGCUGUCAGACCAUGGGCUCUCCCUGGAGGAGCCGUCAGGGUGUGAGACAUGGUCUCCCAGUUCAGACACCAGGCC